GUGAAAAGGAAGUGGGUAGAAAUCCUUAUAAAAAAGGGUAAACUAGGCCUAUGAUGGCAACAUAAGAUAAGAAGUUGGCAGAUUAUCAUACUUAAAAUAAUAAAUGUAAAUAUUAUACAGUUGAGUGCCAUGAACUUUUGUAACUGUUCCAACUAGUUACAAAUGGAGGAAAAUACUUUUAAUUUAAAUGAUCUCACUUUUGAAGAGCAGGAGCUUCUGAGGAGCAUUCAAGAGAAAAAAGAAAAACUGCUCCAAGAGAUUGAGGAACUGAAGCGAGAAAUUGAAGAUGUUACCAACGAAUUGGAGGGUAUGGAUAUCGAUGACAGUAAACCAGACCCUAAGGCUAAACAGAUUUCCAUUGGUAGAAAGAAAUUCAACAUGGAUCCUAAAAAGGGUAUUGAGUAUCUGAUAGAACAUGGCUUGCUAGAGCAUACACCAGAAGAUGUUGCAAGGUUUCUCUUCCAGGGUGAAGGACUCAACAAAACAGCCAUUGGAGAUUACCUAGGAGAAAGAAAUGAUUUUAACAUGGCUGUUCUCAAGGCAUUUGUCAACCUCCAUGAGUUCACAGAUAUGAUUCUGGUGCAGGCACUAAGGCAAUUUUUAUGGAGUUUCCGUCUUCCUGGUGAAGCUCAGAAAAUAGACAGGAUGAUGGAGUCUUUUGCAGAGCGCUAUUGUUUUCUUAAUCCAGGAGUUUUUGUCAACACAGAUACUUGCUAUGUUCUGUCAUUUGCUAUAAUAAUGCUGAACACAAGUCUACACAACCCUAGUGUUAAAGACAAGCCUACAGUUGACAGGUUUAUACAGAUGAACAGAGGAAUUAAUGAUGGUGGUAACUUGCCACAGGAACUCUUAAUUAAUUUGUACGACAAUAUAAAAAAGGAACCAUUCAAGAUCCCUGAAGAUGAUGGAAAUGACUUGAUGCAUACAUUUUUUAAUCCAGUAAAGGAAGGUUGGCUGAACAAACAAGGAGGAAGAGUGAAAAACUGGAAGCGACGUUGGUUUAUCUUAAAUGACAAUUGUCUCUACUAUUUUCAAUACACGACAGACAAAGAACCCAAAGGUAUUAUUCCUCUGGAGAAUAUACAAGUACGUGAGGUUCCCAACGAGAAAUCACGAGCUAACUGCUUUGAAUUGUUUUCUAGUGGAACAUCAGACAUAAUAAAAGCCUGUAAGGUUGAUUCUGAUGGAAAAGUUGUAGAAGGUCGUCACAAUGUGUACAGAAUGGCUGCUAAUACUGUUGAAGAUAAAGAGGAAUGGAUAAAUUCUAUCAGGUCCAGCAUAAAUGACAACCCGUUCUAUGACAUGUUGGCUGCUAGAAGAAAAAAUGCGACAGGUUCAGGUGUACGACCCAGAUAGCUCUGACUGUUGCCUACCUACACCAUGCUGCUGUGGUAUGAUCAGAACGUCAGCUGAGCUCCUGUUUUAUACCUUCAUAUUACUCUAGUGUAAAUAUCAGUGCUGAUUGUAUCUAUAAGAUUUCUAGUCUUCUGUGACCUUUCUGUGUCCUUGAAUCGGUAUUGUAUAUAAAUUCACUCCAGUAACGGGGCCACCCCUAUGUAUGAUAGACAUUCUAAUACAUUUGAAUGAUAGGCCAACCAUAUGGUAUAAGCAAACUUCACUUUGAGGUUGAUAAUCAUAUCAAGUAUAUGACUGAAAUGUUCCUGAAUAAAUGGUCAUUAAUAAGUAUGAGCUAUAUCAUGAUCACUCAAAGUGCUUUGGCCAUACAUGUGGCACAUCCUAACAGCAUUUUACUGUGAGAGUAAGGGGGUUGUGUUUGGUGCACUUAGCUAACACACAAGCCCAGACCUAGUUUACACCCUUCACUGUUUCUACACAUUGCACACUUCCAACACACAGCAUAGAGCAUUCAACUUUGUUCAGUGAACUUAGUUUUCCUCCUACAAAAUUAUGUGGCAAUAUAUUAUAUAAUAAUGUUGUAUCUCUAUUAACUGCUGUACAUAAAUAUAUUAGUGAUAAUACUUCACUUAUAGGGAUCUUCUGUUUUUAUUCAGUCUUUUAGAAAAUAAUUAACCUGUAAAAAAGUUAGUUUAGUAUUCAAAAACUUUCACUAUGGAUUAUUUGACUUAAAUGUCAAAGAUACAUGUAGUGUAUGUUUUGGUUGGAACACAAGCUUUUACCUGCCUGGAAAAACACUUUUUUUUUACCAACACACUCAACUUAAUUAGAAUGUAUGAUGGUGAUAACAUUAACCCAAUCAGUUCUGUCACCAGCCAGUCAUUAUUCAGCAGCUACACAUACAUUUUUCCCCCAAACCAAUCAGGCUCUAGGCUGAAUUUCUCUGACAUUUUCUGAUUGGAUGCUGUGCUGAGUGGCAAGGAUUGAAUAUUUGUAUUUUUAAUGGAAAAAGCUAAGUUUGAGCUAUAAAAACAGAAUAUUUACUAGUCAUAAAGCAUGUUUAAUGCUUGAGCUCAUUGAACAAACAACUUUCUGUAACACUAAGCUGGGUUAAUGUUAAGCGUGUAAUGGUGAUGACAUAUUAAAUCAAAUCAUUAUGAAUAUCAAGUACUUUAAUAUCAUAUAUUGCUUGCUGUUCGUAUUUAAAUUUUAAACAUAUCGUUAGUGCCAUUAAAUUUUAUUGCAUCAGAAACAUGUUCUUGUCAUUUUUAAUUAAGUAUUUUUACAUUAUUAAUUUGAAUAAAAAUGAAAGAUAGGUUAUUAUUAAAUGUAAUUUGUAGAAACAUUUAAAUUAUCUUGUAUUUAGUUUUAUACAUAAACACAGGCCUAUACAUUUUUAAUAGGCUAAAGUAUCAGUGUGUGUCCUUAUAGAUUUGUUGUAAGUUCUCUUCAUGGUAGUGAUAAUUGAGGUAAUGUUUCUAUAAGUAGAAUCUAUCAUGUUUUAGGUCAUUACUAUUGUUCAUUUAGACGAUGUAAAUAAACUAACCUUGUGAAGCCUCUCUUAAAAUUGAAUCUGUAAAAAAACUGUAUCUACACUAACAUAUGGUUCCUCUAAACUAUUGUUUUGUUUUUAUUAAGCUUUUUUUUUUUUGCAUACAAUACUCUGUAAUCAGAUGUGUAAAUAUUACAAACUAAAGUUGCUAAAGUACACUUGUUAAUUUGACAAGACAAUUUAUCACCUUUUCAAUGAAAACUAGCAUAUCCAAACUUUGAAAUCACAGUUUUUACACAUCCAAACUAUUUCUAAGUAUUAGUAACACCUGUCAUCUUAACAGCUCCAGACCAAAACUCAUCUCAUCUUAGCCCAUUCAGUCUAUGCCUAUCAUAAUAGGCAAACAAUAAAAUAUUUAUAUCUCA